GAACUUUGAUUGAACCUUUUGAGAUUGAGUUAAGUUCUCCUCCUACAGCUUACCCCCUAAUGCGUCGAAAGCCAUAGCGUCGCGAAUACUUCAUCAAUCAACGUGAUUCAGAUUGGGAACGGUAGCUGAGAUUAAGAGCUACAACAUAUCCAAGUUUCGCGACAUUCCAACGGCUAGUUUUUCGUCGACGUUGUUUCUUGUGAAGACGACUUUUCUGUCCAGAAUUUCGGAUUUAUAUUUUGAGUAAUUCUAGUUCCUAAGUUCACCUAGACUCCGUCCUUAAUCCUAACAAGUGGUAUCAGAGCGAUAUUAAGGACAUUGAGAGGAGUCUACAGAAGUGUGAAGACCCUUCUAGACCCACCAUGGCCUGUGGGUGUGCCUAAGUUGUGUUCUAAAGGUUGGAUGUGUCUUCCGCUAAGGGGAAACUCUGCCGAAAUUUCGUGGACGCCGACACUUGUGAAAAAUAUCAAGGGAGCUGUGUGUGGACAGCAAAGGGGAGCUGAAAUUCGUCAUUUCUCAAGGAGAAGAUGAAUGAGAGAGGAGGAGAUGCUAAUGGAAGAGGAGCUGUAGCUGAGAAGACAAGUGAGCCGCCGCCAUCAAAAGUUGAAGCUUUGGAUGGCUCCAACUAUGAGGAAUGGAGCGGGCGGAUGAGGAGUGCCUUCAAACGCUACAAGCUCCUGAAGAUUGCUGUUGGGGAAGAGAAGAUGCCGGAAGAAGGCGAAGCACGGGAACGGUGGAUUGAGAAAAGCGCGGUGCUUUUCGACCUCAUCCUUCAAUCGCAAGAUCAAUGGACACCUGAGUGGCUAAGGCAGCAGAUUCUGCAGGAGGACUUCCGCAGACGCCAUGUGGGAGGCGGUGCUGCCACUAAGACUGCUGAGGGGUAUGGAGCUGCAGGGCGCGGCAAAGGAAGAGGGGGUUGGAGAGGCCGAGGCCGUGGGAGAAGCUUUGGCAGGGGUAGAGGCCGAGGUGACUAUAAUGAGGGGCAUGGAAGCUCCAGUGGCAGGGGGAGUACCAGAAUGGAGGGCACCUGCUGGUACUGCAAGAAGAUAGGGCAUCCUUGGUUCAAGUGCUUCAGCAGGCCGGAGGGAUGGGCACCUCCAGGCAUGAAGCCGCCCAGUGGUGAACGCGCACAAGGUGGCGCUAAGAGCAAGGCCGAAGUGACCUUUGGACCAACCAGCUGCCGUGCUAAGCUUGGGAAGAAGGUGCUGUGGAGUCUGGAAGAGGAGACCAGCUGCAUCAAGGACCUGUGGCAGCUGCCCAUCAUCCCAUGGAAUGGGAAGACUCCAACAGCAGCAACGGCAGCAACGGCAAAGGCAACAGCAGGAGGAGAUGCAACUGCACCAACUGAUGGGGUCCUGGAAGCAGUCAAGAAAAAGUUGGUGAAGGAUGGGAGCCUGAAGGGCUUGGAGGUGAAAGGGGGAGUGAAGGAGAUUGGGAGCUGCCCUACAUGCUUGGAGACCAAGUUCUCCAAGUUCCCCUUCAACAGCACUACAGGACCAGCCAAGACCCCACUUGCACUUGUGCACAUGGAUGUGGUGGGGCCCACAAGAGCCCCUUCCCUCUCAGGUAGCCGCUAUUUCUUGACAAUUGUGGAUGACCACACUCGGGCAGUGUGGGUUUACCCUUUGAAGAGCAAGGGGGAGGUGGCAGCGGCUGUCCUUAAGGAGUGGAUGCCGAGAGCUCAGAGGGAAUGCGGACACAAGGUGAAGGUGAUCCGUAGUGACAAUGGUGGGGAGUUCAUUGGAGCUGAUUUUGAGGGGGAGUCGCCCUUGUGAAGAAUAGAGUGCUGGCUACAGU